CAAAUAAAAUCAGUACUUAUAUAAGUACUGAUGCGUUGAGAGCUAGGUACACUGUUUAUUUUUGAAAAGAUAAAUAUAAAUUUUUGGGGAUAUUUUGAAUUCUAACGGAUGAUUGAACUACCGAAAGCAUUUACACAUGAAAGGAUCAACUUCAAAAGAUGGAGGACUUGCCCAAAGUCAACAACGUUCGCGCUAUCAUCGAUCUGUUCGAGGAAAACUGUAGAAAUGAAAACGCUCAACGUUUGAAUAAACCUAUGUCCAAGUCAUUCGCUGGACUAUCCUACACCGAGAGAAAAUUCAAAUCGAACAGUGCAAACGAUAAUGAUACGUUGUAUAACCUGGAUAAGAGAUUGACAUCUCUGUCUCUCAAACUACGGGAUUACAGGGCUUAUUCGAAGGAUGUCCAUAUGUCCCUUCAAGAGGAACUGAUCGACAUUAUGUCGAUCCUUCUAGAUGUUGAUACUAAGAGCAGUAACACAAUCAUGUACAGGAAGAGAGAACUUGCAUAUGAUAUACGAGAUCGUUUUAAAGAACUCAGUGAUAGACUGCCGAGUUCAUCUGACAGCAUGCGACAGGGAUUCGGAGAUUUCACUUACAAGCCUUUCAUAUGGAAUAAAAGAGCUGAAGCAGUUGAGAAUAUUUCAUCUUCGCGUCAUACGAAUUCUCAAGCUGAUAGCUUAGAACCCUUCAAAAGUAAGGAUAUUUUGUUAUCCCCUGGUUCUUUCAAGAGAUCGGCUGAUUUCAUUAUUGGUGCAGGUGGUACCAGGCGUCCUGUGAACUCUAUUGGUUUCGACACAACAUUGAGAGGUACAUCAGAUGAUUAUGCUCCUACAAAAACAUUCCAGAGAAGUACGUCAGAGGUUUCGGACGCUCGGGAAAAACCCACAUUAAUUGGCACCAGUGAAUAUGCAAAACGCUGGACUGAUGGGUACCAACAGAGAGAUCGUCGAAGACCUGUUUCUUUAGGUGGAACCGUUGUCACACUAAAUUCACCUGAAGAUAUCAUUUCUUCCGUGAGAAUGAGGAAGGAACAAUUCCAAGAUAAGGAAGAAAUUGAUUCAGUUAUCCCAAACAAGAAUAACGGGAUUCUUCAAGACUACACCAAUCUUCAGAGCGUAAACCUUUUGAAGAAGUUCUUCGAACUGAAAUCAGUAGAGAAGGAGAUCAGGAACCAAGUAGAAUCAUUGAGCGGUCAGGAGGAUCAGAGAGAAAAUUUCGUAGAUUCCGUUCAAGUUAACGAUGAAUCCAUUCAAGUUGGCGGAGAGAGGAUGGAUGCUAGUUCUUCGAAUAUGGAAGAUGAUGUUCUGGCAGGGGCUGUGGUAAACGGUGAGGAACGAGGAGCUCUAUCCAGAUCUACGUCGACUCAAGUAGAGGAAGAAUUCAACGCAGCUUCGUUGCGAAACGAGGAGAAAGCAGAUGAAAUCGUUAUAACAAGUUCGAUCCAUAACGAUGAAGAAGAAAUGGAUUCCUUCUGCUCUGAGCAGUCGAUUUAUUUGGAUCCGGUUGAUUAGAUAUGGCAAUCAUGUUUUUCACGGAAAUGUUAGAAAAAUAGGCACCUAUGGUUUCUCGGAAUUCAUCCCCCAUUACAAAUAGAGCUAGGAUACAAGAUGAAUCAACGAGAGUUCGUGAAUAUAGGAGCCAAUUAUCAUAACUAUGAUCGAUGAAUGUACAAAUAAUCAAAGUCAAGUAAUAAAAGCUAGCAAUCUAAAAAUUUG